AUGUUUAAAAGGAAAAUUACAUAUAAAACUGUCAUAUUGUUCAUAUUUGGUGUUUCUGUGAUCGUUCCCCUUGCAUAUCAUUUUGUUGGAUAUACAGAGGCUGAAAGACUUAUGUAUCAUGUGCAUGAUUCAAACGCCCUCAAUUUAUUUGCACUUCGCUCGAGCUGGCCCACCUCUGUAUUGGGGGGAAUAUUAUUUCAUGGGGACCCAAUACCAAACUCUAAUGCAGGAAAGCAAUACGUCGUGCUCGUUUAUAAAUAUUGGGACCAGUUGAAAGAGCGUCAAAUGUUUAACUUUGGGAAAAAAGGCAAAGAAGCGGAUAUUUUGGACGGUUGCAGCGUCAAAAAUUGCAUAUUUUCUGGUGAUGACGCCCUCAUGAAUACAGCGGACGCAGUUCUCGUUCACCUACAACACGGAGUGGUACCAAAAGUGAAAAAUAGAAACCCGAAACAAAGAUGGAUAUUUUGGAGCGACCAAUCGCCAAGACAUACGUUCACUAUGGCCAGGCAUGCUACCGACAGGACAACUCUAUACGGUGUAUUCAAUUGGUCCAUGACUUAUCGGAGCGACUCUGACAUACCGGUACCCUAUGGUCGAACUGUUCUUUUGCCAAAACCGGUAUUAAGUGAGUAUAAAACGAUGGCUGAACUCACCACAUUGAUACCAAACUGGGAUCGAAAAAGAGCAAACAAAACAGCUGCAGUGCUGAUGUCCAACUGUGGGAUAAAAGCAAGAAAUGAUUUCGUAAAAGAAUUAAGGAAGUACAUCAACGUAGAUGUGUAUGGAAGAUGUUCCGACAAGAACGAGCUUCGGACGAGUUGUCCUGGACAUUUUAGAGGUAAAUCAGAUUGUGACCCAAUUGCAGAAUACUUGUUUUACUUAGUGUUAGAAAACACGAGUUGUUAUCAAUACUUGACUGAGAAGGUAUUUCACCACGCGUACUCGAAAGGCGCAAUACCAGUUAUAUUUGGACCAUCUCGUGGAGAUGUUGAGAGCCUAUUACCACCAAAUUCUUACAUAUUCGCUGAUGCGGACACGGCUAUUCAAAAUCUAGCCAAAGAUAUAAAGGCUGUUGCGUCAAACGUCGAUCUCCUUCUCUCGAUGCAUACAUGGAGAAAUCAUUUCGAAGUUAUCAAUGAACACGGAUAUUUUGGGACCAAAUCUUAUCAUCUAUGUCGUGUUUGUGAAGCCCUAAAUUAUAAUAGUGAAGAAGAAAAAGUUUACGACAGCGAACUUUUAGAUGUGUUCUUAGAUCCAUCAAAAUCGUGCUACAACAGAAAUACGUAUAAACGUCUUAUGUAUAAAAACUAA